AUGAAAAAUUAUGUGAUGCCACUAUCUAACAAAGAAAAGCAAAGGCGCUUUAAAGAAAGGUUAAAACUUGAUCCAGAAAAGUACAACAAGUAUAAAAAGAAAAAGAGAGAAAGUUACCACGCUACAAAAAGACUGGUAUACUGGUACUGUUCAUCAGAUGAUAACGAACCAUUGAGUGUUCUCAAAAACUUAGCUUUGGAAGAUCAACAAAAUAGAGACAGUGAGAUCGAAAUUUCUCAUCUAUGUCAACCACGUGAUAAACCCACAUAUGGAAUUAUUUAUGACUCAGAAGACGAACAGGAAUCAUGUUCUUCAGUACCUACAGGGUCUGGACAAGAACAGCGUGUGGCUUAUUCUCAAGGUGAUUAUUUGUUGGUCAAUGUACAAAACAUGAAAGGCAAACUAUACAGAUAUGUCUGUGUCAUUGAUGAACUGGACGAUGAUGGAGAAAUACGAGUCACGUUUUUGCGGCGCGUAAAUAAUGCAAAAACUUUCCGCCUUGACAAAAACGAUGUUGCCUACAUCAAGCAUGAGGACAUCAUAAAAAAAUUACCACGACCAAAACGUGGUCAGUAUCACUUCCAGUUUACAGAUAAUAUUGAUAUUUUUGAAAUGUAA